AUGGAUGAUCAAUCAAUGCUGCAGCAAACUUUAGUUAAUAAUAUCGCAGCAUCUAUGAUUAAAACCCAGCAUUAUGCUACUAUUUGUUUGUUCAAAGCUCAAGAUUCUGGUAGUCAACUUUUGCAGCAUAUUGAACCUCUAUUCAUAUUGCUAGGCGCUGUUCCAUUCCCUACAGAUGUUCCAUGCCUAAAGGAGCUUGGUGUUCAUGGUGUGAUCACAUUGAAUGAGCCAUAUGAGACAUUGGUUCCAACAUCUCUUUAUCAUGCUUAUGGCAUUGACCAUCUGGUCAUUCCUACAAGAGACUACUGCUUUGCACCAUCCCUAAAUGAUAUUUGCAUAGCUGUGGAUUUCAUUCAUGAGAAUGUAUUGCAAGGAUGUACUACAUAUGUUCAUUGUAAGGCUGGUCGGGGCCGCAGUACAACCAUUGUUCUUUGUUACCUGGUGCAACACAAACAAAUGACACCUGAAGCUGCGUAUGAUCAUGUCAGGUCAAUCAGGCCAAGGGUGCUUCUAGCAUCUGCUCAGUGGCAGGCUGUUCUGGAAUACUAUAAUCUUAAGCUGAGAAGAAGUGCUCACAUUAACACAACUGAUCUCAUCUUGAAGACCCCAAGGCCAGCACGAUCCCAGGAUAUUGUGGCCUUUGAUGAUGGUUCUGUAGUUAUCGUUAAUGAGGCAGAUCUUGAUGGGUAUGACCCCGCUCAUGAGUCAGAUACUGUGAGAAGAGAGAUAUUGGCUGAUCUAAGUGUGGUCUAUCGAGUUCGAGUUGCUGGUCAAGCAGCAUUGGCAAGAAUAUCCUGUUCAUGUCUGUGGUUCCGCUGCCAUACUCACCAAAAGAUUUUGGGAGAGCAACUAAGCACAAAGAACAGCUGCUCAAUCCAGGCCAAUCAUUUGGGAGGUAUUAGUGUAGACAUUCAUGUCUACUGAGAGGCGGGUGAAAUUGCAUACAAAUGGUUUGAUGAGUUUUCUUUCCGUUCCAAAUUUUCCUAUCCGUAUAUAAAUGAUGAAUAAUGUUUGAUGAUAUGGCGCUGAAACUCCAUUUCCAUGACCCAUUGUAAAUCAACUUUCCGUCUUGAAUCAUUAGUGUAAGAAAAACAAUCAUGGUGUUUCAUUUAAUGCAUUUCGUGAGAAAAAUUUGUUUCA